AUGACUGAUAGAAAAGCUUGGAAUUAAAAAGUAUUAUGAUUAUCAAUAAAUAAAUGAAUAGGAAGAUCUAGCAAUUCUUCAUUUAGUUAAGUAAUAUGGGAUAAAGAAAUGGACAACUGUGGCUGAAAAAAUGAAAGAAAUAUAUGGCUUAUUUGGUCGAUCUGGUAAAUAAUGUAGGGAAAGAUAUCAUAAUCAUUUGGAUCCAACAAUAAAUAAAGAUCCUUGGAGUGAAAAUGAAGAGAAGAUAAUAUUUUUGGCACAUAGAGAACAUGGAAAUAAAUGGGUAAUAAUUGCAGAUUUAAAGAUUUUAAGGCAGAGAUUGCAAAAUUACUUCCAGGUCGAACAGAUAAUGCAAUAAAAAAUCAUUUUUAUUCAACUUUAAGAAGAAGUUUAAGACGCAUAAAUAAAAUGAUUGGUGAUAAAAACAGUAAUCUGCGUAAAUAAAUAUUUAGCAAAGAAAAGUGUACCCAAUAGAUCAAGGACAUAAAGCCAGGUGUUUUGUCCAAGAUCUUCAUACUAGCUGAAAAAAAUCCAUCUGAACUUAAAGAUGAUCAUAUGAAGAAAUUAUGUUAAGCUUGUAAAGGAUUAUAAGAUUCAAUACUUGAAUUUGCAUAAUCUAAAUAAAAAUCAUUAAUAAUCUAAUUUAAUGAGGAAAAAUUCAAAUAAUUGAUAGAGAAAAUUAUGGACUUUAAGUAUUACUCUAAAACACUAUAAUAAGCGGACUUUAUACUAGAUAAAGGGAAAAUAAAUUAAAAUCAAGAAAAUUAAAUUUGAAGAAAAGAAAAAAUAUUAUAGAAGAUGAUGAUGAAGAGGAUGAUUCAUAUUCUAGUUUUUAUAAAAUAGAUGAUAAUAGUAUUUAAAUUCCAAUAAAGAGAUCAAUUAGAUAAAGUUCAAGGAAAAAAAUUGUAAUAAUUUCUAAUAUAAUGAAUAUAGAAAUUCAAUGAUGAAGAUGAUCUUGAUAUAAUUAUAAGGACUAAAUAAGGUCCAGUCUUUAAAAUAAUUUAUGAUAGAUUUUAAUUUUAAACAGAUGAAAAUGUAUUUAUUCUAUUUAUAUAAAGGAAUCUUCCUAAAAUUAUUAUUAAGAAUCUUUAAAUUCAAAUUAAAGUGAAUAGAAAUAAAUUUCAUAUUAAAUAAAUCCUUCAAAGUAAAUUUCUUAAAAAUCAAUUUCAAAAGAUAAUUAAAAUGAAACAAAUCUUAAAAAUAAUAUAAUUAAUAAUUCUAAUUUCAAACCUAUCAUUUUGAUAAAACCUGUAAUUAAUAAUUAAGAAUUUGAUUAAUAUUUAGAAAAACUAAAAUAAGGCAUAAGUAUAAAUUAUUUAUUAUAAUUAGAUGCAAAUUCUUAAAAAUAUCUUUAAGGUGAAGAUCUUAAUUUAGAUAUUAAUAUUGAUUUUGCAGAAGCAUCUAAAGAUUUUACUAAAUCUUCAAGCUCUAAAUUUGAGUACACUUAAAAUGCAUUUAAAAAAUACAAGAAAGAUUCAGAUUUAGAUAAUUUCUUAGUAACACCUAAUAAUAAUAAAUGA